GUUGAGCACUGUUCAUUUCUACAGUGUUCUGAGUCACAUUUGAUUUGGCUGAAAUUCACUGUUCAUAAGCAAACAACGAUCUGAGCCAUCCAUCAUCAUUCACUCUCAACCACACGAUUAUUGUUCUCCUUUCUUCUGCCCUCUCCUCUUUCUUCUUUCUCCGUCUUUUCAUCUGGUUUCACUCCACACAAGACACAACAGGGUUUCUCUCUCCUCUUCUUCAUGUCUCUCAAUCUCUCUCCUCCGGCGGCAUCUUCCCAAUUUUUUCAUUCAACAGCGAUUGAGAGGAUGAAAGAUAGUUGGGAAAUGCAUGGACGACCAAGAAAACCCUCAAAUCCGGAAGCUAAAGCAGCUUCUGCUGUUAAAGCCUCCAAAUUACGCACUCUUCAAUCCCAAUUCAUCCACUUUCAUCACAACAAACUCUACGACCAAGAAUUAGUGAAAGUCUGCACAAAACUGCUUCAAAUAAACCCAGAAUAUUACACUCCCUGGAAUUAUCGCAAACUCGCUGUUGAGCAUUUUGAAUGAGGAGCUUUGCGUUAGUGAAAGUGGCCGGAGCGAGAAAGCGAGAGAUUGAGAGGAUGAAAGAUUGAGAAACCAACACACCACCGUACUAGCACUUCAAUUUCAGGAACCCUAAAAAAUUGGAGGAUGUUAAAGCCAUUCUUGGCAAAUACAACCUUUUCAAUCUCUCAAAUCGACUGUAUUUUUUGUUUGCCUGAAAUUCCCACUUCUUUAUUUGUCCAAUUGUUCUCAUCGUAUUAUUUUAUUAAUUAUUUUUUCAAGUUGUUGACUAUGGUGAUUUGGUAGGUUAAUGCUUCCAAACUGUUGUUGACAUGUGCUUGUUCAUGCUUCACCGCGAGCUUUGAGGGCCUUACAUGUAAGUUUGUGGAAUGCAAGAUUCUUGCCAACACUUAUGGAUCCGCUUUUCCUCUCAAGAUGGACCUCGUUCGCCAAGUUCUUUCCAGAAAAUAAAUAAUGGGGAUGUUAUGUCUCUUACUGGUGGUGCAUUGGAUUUUCGAAAAGCAACAACCUCUCUUUCUCCUCAUCGACUAUCUUCGCCAAAGAAGAUAACUAUCGUCAGACAUGGCCUUAGCUCCUGGAAUGCUGAAAGUAGGGUUCAGGUUUGGGAAGUUCAGACUUAUAUAUGUGUCCUAACAGAUGCAGGAGCAAAGCAGGCUGAAAGAUGUGGGGAAGCAUUAGCAAAUAUACAUUUUGAUAAAUGUUUCUCAAGUCCAAUUUCACGUGCCAAGUCUACUGAUGAAAUUUUGUGGCAAGGAAAAAAAGAAGCAUUAAUUUUCCUUGAUGCAUCUAUUUUUCCUGCAGGCAUGAGAAAUGAUUUCACAAGCUACGACUAAGAUCGCAACUAACGGUAACAAUUAGGUGGUCAUUUAGUGUUCCUAUUUUUAUUACUCUCAUGUCAUAAUUCCUAUUUUAUGACAGAAUUUCCAUGUAACAAUUUGAGAUCAUGUAAUAUUUUUGAAAGCUCUACUUCUUUGAUUUUGUAUUUAUGAUGGAAACCAUGAUUUAGAAUUAGAUGAGGAAUACAAGCGUGAACACUCAUGAUUCCUUGA